UUAUUGUUCUCACUUGAAUGCACAUUUAUCAUAUCAAAUGAAUAUGUACAGUGGUCAGUCUCUCCAGCCAGAUACGACUGGACAAACUUAUGACAGUGUGCAUUUUAACAUGUAUUAUUCGAUUCAGCAACCAUUUGCAUAUAAUGUAAAUUAUGGUGGAAAUAUGUAUUAUGUUCAUCCAAGCCAUGUAACGUGUGAUAACAGUACUGUUAAUAAUGCGACAUCAAUCGAUAGAGUAAGAACAAGACAAAAAGAUGAAAAGGCCAUUGAACAGUUCCUUCAAGAAGCAGAACGGGUAGUUCCUACCAAAAGCAAACAGAAAGAUCGUGGUUCUAAGAUCAUGGUCGCUAAGAAUGCGUUGAUAUCGGUGAUCAGAUUAAACAAGCAACUCGAAGCUGUUUGCACGGAGCUCAGGAGCAACAUUAAUUUACCGCAAGCACAAUGGCAAGAAAAGAUCAGUGCCUGUAACGUUGCGAAACACGAAAUCUGCGAAAUUUUAAAACCCAUAAAAGACAUAAACUUUUUGAAUAAAGUCAAGAACGAUUUAGAGAAACGUAAGAAAAAACGUACAAGGCAGCAGCUUAGAAGAAAAGAAUGGAAAAAGGAGAAGUUAAUGAAAGAAGAGAGAAGAGUGAGAUUGCAUGCGGAGGCUGACGCAUGGAUUCGAAAGGAGCAAGCAGUAAUUGAGCGAGAGAAACAAGAGGAGAACUUGCGGAAGGACGCAGAUAUGAUUUUAUCCGACGUUCGAAGUAAGAGAAACGAUGCACGAAAGUAUUUAGGAAUUUUGCAAGAACUGCAAAACUUACGAAGAAUCAAGACAAACAUUGGUCGAACAAGAGGCGAGAAAUUAUCUUUAGCAGCUGAGAAAGCAUUCAAUGAUACCAUCGUUAAAUUAACAGAACAAUGGACUACUUUGGAUCGAAACUAUGCGACAGAAGAACAAGAAUUAAAAUUAACGCUAAAAACGGAUAACGAAAAGAGAAUCGAAAAGCAAACCAAAAAUUUCUUCAAUGAUUGGGAAAAUGUACUAUUUGGUACAAAUAUAUUGGCUGCUGAACAAUCUUACAAAGAUGUAGAUGGUUUUAUCAUGACUCGUGCGGCCUGGGAUAAAUUUAUCAGUUCGGAAAAUGAUGCAACAACGAUUCCAAUUGGAUGGAUAGUGCCUGAAAAACCAUCUUCUGCUGCUUGGCAAAAAUGUCUCAAUAAGGAGACUUCUUGAGAUAAGCAAAAUAAUGUGUCAAUUUAAGUUUAAUUAACAAAAUAAACAAUUUGCUAGAAUAUUUUAAUCAA